AUGCUGCUGCUGCUGCCGCUGCCGCUGCUGCUCCUUCUGCUGCUGCUGUGGUUCUUGCUGGCGACGGCUGUGGCUGUGGCUGGUAUGUAUAUUGCUCUUGCUGCUGCGAGAUUGGCGCUGAUGACCACAUGGAUCAUCUCGACGAUGAGGGGCGACGAAAUGGCAAAGGCGGGUCAUGAUGACUAUGCCGAUGCUGACAUGGUGGUGAUGAUUGAGCUCGAGAAGAAGCACGACCUGGUGUACGAGACUGCCAAUGGGUGA